AUGGGAUCCUUCAAAUUAUCAAACGGAAGUUCGGCAUUAUUGGAGUCGUCUUGCGGCUAUUUGCUGCAAGAAUUACAGAUUAUAUGGGACGAAGUAGGGGAAGAACAACUCGAAAGAGAAAAGGUGCUGUUAGAACUCGAACAGGAGUGCCUUGAGGUUUACAGAAGGAAAGUCGACACAGCAAGUAUCUCGAGAGCUCGCCUGCAUCAGCAACUUGCAGAAUCUGAGGCAGAAUUCACUCAUCUCCUUCUGUCAUUAGGGGAAAGAUCACUUCCUGGACGACCAGAGAAAAUGGCAGGAACAUUGAAGGAACAGCUGAAUUCUAUAACGCCAGCACUGAGGGAGAUGCAGUUAAGGAAAGAAGAAAGAGUAAAGCAAUUCCGAGUGGUACAAGGACAAAUUCAUAAAAUUUCUGCAGAGAUAGCAGGUUGCACGGAGUACAAUGACACAUCAUCAUGUAGCGUCAAUGAGAAUGACCUUUCACUUAAGAAACUCGAGGAGUACCAGAACGAGCUUCAGAGACUUCACAGUGAGAAGAGCGACAGACUUCACCGGGUGGAAAAAUACAUAAGUACAAUCAGAAAUUUGACAGCAACUUUAGGAAUGGAUUCAUCCCUGAUCAUUACCAAAGUACAUCCGAGCUUGAACGAAUUAUCGGGAUUGUCAAAGAACAUUAGUGAUGCUAUUCUCGAAAAGCUUGAUAGCACGGUCAUGUCCCUUGAAUCAGAAAAGCAAAAGCGACUUGGAAAGCUUCAACAACUUGGGAAAGCAUUGUUUGACUUGUGGAAUCUUAUGGACACACCAUACAAAGAACGACAACAAUUUCUUCAUGUUGUGAGUCUCUCACCAGUAGCAUCAGCUGAGAUAUCAACUCCUGGAACUCUUACCCUUGACAUAUUGCAGCAGGCUGAGACUGAAGUGAAGAGACUGGAUCAGUUAAAAGCAAGCAAAAUGAAAGAGUUUUUCUACAAAAAACAAUUAGAGCUUGAGGAGAUAUGCAGCAGAUCACACAUGGAAAUACCUUCAAGAUUGGAGAUGGAGAGGAUAAUCAAUCAAAUAAACUCAGGAGAGAUUGAUCACGCCGAUCUCCUCACAAGCAUUGAUGAGCAGAUAUCAAGGGCUGAGGAAGAAGCUGCCAGCCGAAGAGCAAUCAUGGAGAAGGUAGAAAAAUGGAUAUUGGCACGUGAUGAGGAGCUUUGGUUGGAAGAGUACAACAGAGAUGAAAAUCGGUAUUCUGUCAGCAGAGGUGCUCACAAGAACCUUAAAAGAGCUGAGCGCGCCAGAGUGAUGGUCAACAAGAUACCAGCUUUGGUGGAUUCACUGAUAUCUAGAACUAAACACUGGGAAGAUGAAAGAACGAAAGUUUUCCUGUACGACGAGGUUCCUCUACUAGCAAUGCUUGAAGAAUACAACAUGUUGAGGAAGGAAAAGGAAGAGGAGAAACAAAGGCAAAGGGAGCACAAGAAGGCACAAAGUAAAGUAGCAACCCAGCAUGAAAGCCCCUUUAAAACAAGGCCAGGCACCAGCAGUUGGCGUCUUCUAGAUAAAAACUCAAGCAGAAGCUUCCAUACUGAAACUCCUCCAGGUAGAAGAAUUUCGACUGGAUCAAAUGGCCCUGGCUCACCCACUCAAAGCAUAACUUCCAGACAGGGAGGAAAGAAAGCAAAUGGACAAAGGAUAUAUGAUCAGAAGGGAUUUGGUUAUCAUCUUAGAGAAGACACGCUUUCAGUUGUCUCAUCGUACUCUGGCCCCUUUUCACCCUAG